UCUGUCACAGGUUCGUGUCCUAAAAUCAGUUCUGGUGGGCUCACUUUCAGAUGCCAUGUCUAAGGACACAUUUCCGUUUACUUCAACCUCACUCCGGGCGAUGAGACUGGAGCAAGAGUUUCAGGAGUGGGAGGAUUCACGGAGGGCGUUGGCUCACAGGCGAGCGAUGAGUCGGGCCCCGUUGGCUCCGGCCCCUAGACCUCUGCCCAGGCAGCAGUGGAUCCAAGAGGUCCGAGCCCCUCCAUCCCCGGUUCGGUGCAGAGACACCGCCGUCCAUAAUACCUUCAUGUUUGGGGACAUGAAAGGAGUGUAUGCAGUGCUGAAAGACCCAGCAAUGGUCAACGCCGUGAUGGAGACAGUGCACGAGGAGAUCGCCUGGGCUCCAGAGAUGGGCAUGUGGACUAUGAGCUCCAAGGUCAGGCAAACAUCUGCCUUGCGACUGGGUGCCAGCAGAGGGCACACUUCCUGUGUGGAGGAACUGCUGUUCCGUGGCGCUGAGGUGAACGCUGACCCUGGCGGCAGCACUGCCCUCCAUGACGCCUGUGCAGGUGGCCAUGCUCCCUGCGUCCAGCUGCUGCUUUCUCACGGAGCGGAUCCUGACCUGCUUGCGGCAGAUGGCAGUGCUCCUCUUCACCUCUGCACCUCAGCCCAGUCGUUCCACUGUGCAGAGCUGCUGUUAGAUGCCGGGGCAGAGGUCAACAUCAGGAUGAGGGAGUCCAGGCUCACGCCUCUGCAUGUCGCAGCUCGUCGAGGCCUGGAGGAACACGUGGGGCUCUUUCUCCGUCACAGGGCAGAUGUGCUCGCCACAAAUCUGGAGGGAGAAACACCGUUAAACGCUUCGUGCUCUGGAGCUGAGAAGUUGUCCGAGGCCAGCCGCUACCUCAGCGUGAUUCAAAUGCUGCUCAAAGCUGGAGCCGACCCCCGAACUGCAGGCAAGAAGAUGCACACGCCGCUGCACAAUGCCUGCUCAAACUGCAGCCCAUCUAUCGUCGACUUCCUCUUGCAGCACGGAGCCGAGGCGGAUGUUGUUAACUGCGCAGGCUACACGCCGAUGGAUUGUCUAGUGCAGGGGAUUGAAGAUUACCAAAACCAGCACCCUGAAGCAAUCGCACGGUCACUGCUGAACCACGGGGCUAAACCUGUUUCACCAAAGCAGAUGCUGAAGUAUUGUGUCCAGUCUCCUGCGACUAUGGAGCUGAUGCUGAAUUCAUACCCAACAAUCCCUGCCUGUGAUUGGAUGGAAUCCCUUUCCACUGAAACAUAUGAGGAAAUGCAAAUUUUCUUGGACUUGGUGUGUCAGCUGAGAGGUCAGCCUCGAUCUCUACAGCAUCUCUGUCGCUGUGCUCUACGUUGCCAUUUAGGAGCCCUGUAUUACGCAACAGUCAGUCAAGUGGACAUUCCAAUCUCUGUGAAGGAUUAUCUGCUGCUACACAAUGACGGGAUUGUCCAGUGAACAAUCAUGGUACUUCAUUCAA